AUGUCGGUGGCGGCGGGCAGCGGCGAGGCGGCCGGCGGUGCCGGCGGCGGGCGGGUGUUCUUCCAGAGUCCCCGGGGCGGCGCGGGCUCCUCCCGGGAGGACCCGGCGCCCGUGGCCCCCGCGGCCGGGCAGGCUCCGCAGCAGCAGCAGCAGCAGCAGCCGCGGCGCCACCAGCAGGGAAAGGUGACGGUGAAAUACGAUCGCAAGGAGCUCCGGAAGCGCCUGGUGCUGGAGGAGUGGAUCGUGGAGCAGCUGGGACAGCUGUACGGCUGCGAGGAAGAAGAAAUGCCAGAUGUAGAGAUUGACAUUGAUGAUCUUCUUGAUGCGGACAGUGAAGAAGAGCGAGCUUUAAAGUUACGGGAAGCUCUCAUAGACUGCUACAAACCAACAGAGGAAUUUAUCAAGGAGCUGCUCUCUCGGAUAAGAGGCAUGAGGAAAUUGAGCCCCCCGCAGAAGAAGGCUGUGUGA